CAUUCUUUCUUUCUUUCCACUCUCACACUACCAUGGCUCCGUCAAGAACCAUCGUCAUAACCGUUCCGACGUUAAUCCUCUCCGUCGCCGGCGCCGUCAUCUUCCUCAUCUUCCUCAUGUCCUCUCUUUCAUACUCUCCUCCCCCUUGUUCUUGCCCCACAAGAUCCACCGUCCAAACUACAACCCAACAACAACAGAUCUCACCAACACCAGAGGAUAUACAGUGGGUUAAAUCCCAGAUCGAAGUUAACGGACUUCAUAUGCAAGAUAAUGUUCUUCGUAAGGGCAUUAAUCCUCGUACUCGUGCUCAGCAGCUCCAGGAUUUGAUCCAGUACAAAGGGAUAUCACACUACGAAGAAGAAGAAGAAGCAAAGAACCACACAUCUUUACCAUGCCCUAACGAACUCCUAGUAGAAGAGCACCACAGUAACUACGGCGAGCCCUGGGCCGGUGGUCGAGACGUCUUCGAGUUUCUCGCAGAAUCUUCCAAACUCACCCCCGAAUCACGCGUUCUCGAAAUCGGUUGCGGCACCCUUCGCGUCGGCCUACACUUUAUCAGUUACUUGAAUCCCGAACACUUUCAUUGCCUCGAAAGAGACGAGCUUUCUCUUAUGGCCGCAUUUCGGUAUGAACUCCCGUCGCACGGGUUACUCCAAAAACGCCCGUUGAUUGUAAAAGGCGAAGAUAUGGAUUUUGGAAGAUUCGGGUCGGGUUUUGAUUACGAUUUGAUAUAUGCUAGUGCGGUGUUUCUUCAUAUGCCGGAUAAACUUGUGUGGGUCGGGUUAGAACGAUUGGUUGGUAGAUUGAAACCGUUGGAUGGAAGGAUAUUUGUGUCGCAUAAUGUGAAGUUUUGUUCGAGAUUGGGAAGUGAUGAGUGUAGUAAGAGGCUUAAAAGUUUAGGGCUUGAGUAUAUGGGAAAACAUACACAUGAUAGUUUACUUUUUAACCAUUAUGAGAUUUGGUUUGAGUUUAGAAGGUUUAAAGUGUAAUUUCUUUGGUUCAUAUGUAGUUUUUAUGGUAGAGAAUGUGCAAUUGUUUCUGUUUUUUGUGUAGUU